AUGAACCCUCGCCCCAAACAGCCCCAAGCCCAAACCAAGCCCCAGCUACAAAACAAACCUAGUCCCAAACCAACCCAACCCAAGCAUCAAACCAAUCCCCACCUCAAACCAACCCCCACCCGAAACCAACCCCAAUCCGAAUCCAACCCCAGCAACAAACCAACCCCAUCCAAAGCCCCAAACCAAUCCCCUCCCCAAACCAACCCCAGGCCAAGCCCCAGACCCACACCGAACCUCUUCCAAGGCCCAACCAACCCCGGCCCCAAACCAGUCACAGCCCCAAAUCAAACUUCUCCCCGGCCCAAAACCAACACCGGCCCAAAACCAACACCAGCCCCAAACCAACCCCGGCCCCAAACCAACCCCGGCCCCAAACCAACCCCGGCCCCAAACCAACCCCGGCCCCAAACCAACCCUGGCCCUAAACCAACCCCGGCCCCAAAUCAAACCCAGCCCCAAACCAAACCCAGCCUGACAUCAACCCAACUCACUCCCAAACCAACUCCCAUGCUGAAUCCAACCCCAGCCCAAACUAACCCUGGCCCCAAACCAACCCCAAUCCGAAUCCAACCCCAGCAACAAAACAACCCAAUCCAAAGCCCCAAACCAACCCCUUCCCCAAACCAACCCCAUGCCAAGCCCCAAAAUAACCCAGCCCCAAACCAAACCCCUCCCCAGCCCCAAACGAAACGUCUCCCCAGUCCCAAACCAACUCCGGCCCCAAACCAACCCCGCAAACCAACCCAAGCUCCAAACCAACCCCGGCCCCAAACCAACCCCGGCCCAAAACCAACCCCGGCACCAAACCAACCCACUCCCCGGCUCCAAAUCAUUCCGAACCCCAAAGCACACCCAGCCCCAAAUGAAUCCUAG